UGGGGAUUUCUCUUGAGACAAAUAGCAAAGCCAACUUCUCCCCGGAGCCAUGUCUCGCCUCAGCGUGAGUGAGGGGGUUGCGACCAUCACCUUGUGCCGCGAAAAGGAGAAGAACUCCAUCUCCGGCGAGCUGCUGAACAGCCUGGGGGAUCAACUCAAGGAGUGUAUGGAGGAUGCCUCGGUGCGGCUGGUGGUGCUCACCAACGAAGGCAACACCUUCUGCGCGGGCGCGAACCUAAAGGGGGGCUCGGAGGCACCGCGCUACAGCCUGGUGGACAUUUUCAACCUCAUGCACCAGGGCAAGGUGGUGGUGGGCAAGAUCCGGGGCCACUGCGCCGGGGGCGGCGUGGGCCUGGCGGCGGCCUGCGACAUCUCGGUGAUCAGCGCAGAGGCGCAGGUGGGCUUUACGGAGGUCCGCAUCGGAGUGGCGCCCGCGGUCAUUUCCGUGGUGUGCCUCCCAAAGCUCUCCCGGGCUGCUGCGGCCGAGCUGAUGCUCUUGGGUGAGAAGGUGCCGGCUGUGAGAGCGCAGCAGCUGGGGCUCUUCAACCUCUGCGUCCCUGCUGCGGAGCUGGAUGCGCAGGUGGACCAAGUCGUGGGCAAGCUGCUGCUGGGGGGGCCCGAGGCGCUCAUGGCCACCAAGUCCUUGGUCUACCGCGUUCCGGGCAUGGCCUCUGACGCCUUCCAGUGGACCCAGGAGCUCUCUCUGAAGCUCUUCCGUGGCAAGGAGGCGGCCCAGGGCAUCGCCGCCUUCGCGAAACGAGAGCCGGCGCCCUGGGCGCCCAAGGCGAAGUUGUGAGAGGCUGCCCCCGGAGCCGAUUGGGCCCGGACGCGGCGC